AUGGCGUGCGCGCGAGCGAACGCGUUACACGUACGAUGCCCGACGACGACGGGCGCGCGACGGGCGAGCGCGCGACGGGCGUCGCGCGCGGUGCGCGCGGAGGCGACGGGCGCGGGCGAACCGACGGGCGACGGCGACGCGCAGGUGAUCGUCGUCACGAGUGGGAAGGGUGGCGUCGGUAAGACGACGUCGAGUGCGAAUCUUGGGAUGAGUAUGGCGCGAUUGGGCUAUCGCGUCGCGCUGAUCGACGCGGACAUCGGACUGCGUAACUUGGAUCUGUUGCUCGGGCUGGAGAACCGAGUGAUGUACACGGCUAUGGAGGUGUUGGAAGGCGAGUGCCGGAUGGAACAGGCGCUGAUUCGCGAUAAGAGGUGGCGAACGCUGGCGCUGCUCCCGAUCUCGAAGAACAGAGCGCGAUACAACGUGACGAAGAGCAAUAUGAGUACGCUAAUCAAGGUGCUGAAGGAGAUGGAGUUCCAAUACAUCAUCAUCGAUUGCCCGGCUGGGAUUGACGUCGGGUUCAUCAACGCCAUCUCAGUUGCGGACAGCGCCAUCAUCGUGACAACGCCGGAAAUCACCGCUAUCCGAGACGCCGAUCGAGUGGCUGGCCUUUUGGAGGCGAACGGCAUAUACGACGUCAAGCUACUGGUGAACCGCGUGCGAGCUGACAUGAUCAAGAAAAACGACAUGAUGAGCGUCAAGGAUGUGCAAGAAAUGCUCGGUGUGCCGCUCUUGGGCGCUAUUCCUGAAGAUACCGAGGUCAUCGUGAGCACCAACAGAGGUGAGCCGCUGGUACUUAAGAAGAAGCUCACGCUCGCCGGCAUCGCUUACGAGAACGCCGCUCGUCGCAUAUCUGGCAAGACGGACUAUCUCAUCGAUCUGGACCGACCUAAGAAGGGCAUUUUGCAGCGCGUGGGCGAAUUCUUCGCAGGAGACGACGAAUGA